UUACUGGGGAAUGGGGAUGAUAGUGGUGACAGGGUGGUUGGGUUUUACUCUCUGUUUGUUCUUAAUUCUGUUCAUGAACUACUAUCCAUGUGCUCCAUUUUCUACUUCCAUUUCAGAGUGUUGAAUAUUUUGAAUAUGUAAUUGUUGGGUUGGGUGGAGAUAUCAUCGAAGCUAAUGCUGAUUCUUGCGAACAAAGUGCUUCAACUACUUUAAAAUGAGGCAAGAGGAAAACAUCUACUGUCUUGGGACUCUUUUGUUAGGUCGAAACCUGAUAAAUCUAGUGAUGGAAAGUUUAAAGUCCAAUGUACAUUGUGUAAACAAGAUUACAUGUUGGCCCCUACAUCUGGAACAUCAAAUUUGAAGCGUCAUUUGACGAAAGAUUCUAUACAUACGGGGAAAGGGAAAGAGUCUCAAAGUGAACCAAUAGAUCAAAAAACUUAUCGAAAAAAAAUUCCAAUGGCCAUAUAUAGGAAUAAUUAUCCUUUCAAAUUUGUAGAACAUAAAGGCAUCAAGGACAUACAUUCAUAUCUAAAUCCACUAGUGGAACAUAUAUCAAGAAACACAACCAAGUCAGAUAUCUUGAAUAUGUAUGCAAGGGAAAAAAAACUUCUAAAAGUCGAGCUUGCAAUGAUUGCAAUGAUAGCUAGUAGAAUGUGUUUGACAUCUAACAUGUGAAGUUCAUUAGUAUUGAAUGACUGUGUUAAUAGCUCAUUAUGUGGACUUAAAUUGGGUUUUUCAAAAGAGUGUUGAUUUUUCGACGUGUUCCUCCUCCACAUAUUUAGGUCAUUUAUUAAUUGAUUUUCUUAAAGAAUGGGGAAUUAAAAUGAAAAUUUAUACCCUCACUUUAGAUAAUGCUACUUCUAAUAACGGUGUUGUGGAUAAUUUGAAGAAUCAAUUUUCUUUGAUGCGUUCACUAGUUUGUGAAGGAAAGUUUCUUCAUGUUCUUUGUGGAAAUCACAUUCUUAACUUAAUUGUUAAAGCGGGUUCAAGGUUGGUGCGGCUAUUGGGAAAAUGAGAGAAGGUAUUACGUAUAUCAAGAAUUCUGAAACAAGACUAGUGAAAUCUGUGGAGUGCCUUAGUAACCUUGGUUUGCCAUGUUCUAAAAAGUUGCGCCAAGAUAUGCCUAUUCGGUGGAAUUCCACCUAUCAAAUGAUUGAGAGUGCUCCUGCAUAUCAACAAGCAUAUAAUCAUUAUGACUUGAUUGACCCUUAUUUUAAACAUGGUCUUCUUGAAAAUGAAUGGAAAAAGGUUGAGACUGUGGCUAUAUUUUUAAGGUCAUUUUAUGAUAUUACAACUUUGUUUUCCAGAAGCAAGUACCCCACGGCAAAUUUGUAUCUUUCGAAUGUAUGGAGAAUUGAAAUGUUAUUGGUAGAACCAAAAAAAAAGUAAAGAUUCUAUGAUGUGUGAAAUGGUCACUUCUAUGUUCAGGAAGUUUAAGAAAUACUGGAAGUCAUAUAGCAUUAUUUUGUCCAUAGUUAUGGUCCUUGACCCUCGACAUAGCUGAAUUUUGUUAAGUUUUGCUUUUCAAAACUUAAUUUUGAUGCCACUGAAGAAAAAGUUUCGAAGAUAAUAUUAAAAUGUUGUUCAGAGAGUACUUGGUACCUUCUACAACCUUGUUAUCAGAGGAACGUAUUUGUGGUGGUGAUAUAAAUGAUACAAGGGAUUCAUUUGAUGCAAUUGAGGAGUUUAAUGUGUUUCAGAGUCAGUUGGUCAAGUACUGGAAAAACACAACUAGACUUGUAUUUGGAGGUAGCUAAUCUUGACCGUAGAACAAAUUUGAAUCUAGAUGUACUUGGGUUUUGGAAGGAUAAUAGGCUAAGGUAUCCUGAACUUUCAUUAAUAGCACGGGAUGUCUUAAGUGUUCCUAUCACAACAGUAGCCUCAGAAUAUGCUUUAAGCAUUGGAGUCGGGUUAUUGGAAAGUUCUGAAGUUCAAUUCUUCCCACAUAUCUUAUGGUGUUACUGUGUACUAGCGAUUGGAUUUCUGGCCAAGAAUGUUUUAGAUCUUGAUGGAUCCGGAUCGGGAUCCAAUUCUGAUGAAGAUGAGAUUGUUGUUGACCUUCAACCUUAUCUCGAGAAACUUAAAGACCUCGUUCUACAUGUUAUACUGCACAACAAAUGGAAGGAGUGCAUAGUCUUUUUCCUAGAAGGUGCCGUCUUCGAUGAAUUAGUUUCCUCUAUGUUGGUGCAGCUGUUGCGUACUGUAGUUGCAGAUUUACUGGUCCAGCAGCAAGAUUUUAAAAGCAACAGGCAAUGGUUUAGGCAAAAUUGAGUACAGAGUGAUUAAUCUGACUGAGAAAUGCUAUUAAAAUAUUUGUCAUGGAGUAAAUUCCCUCUUUAAGGUUUUUCUGAUUCCGAAACAUACAAUAAGAUG